UGCAUACCAUCCCAGACCGAGCCUCGUCCUCACGCGGGCUCGUGAUAUCACUAGGUACCUACCUUUAGGUAGGCAUCAAUUAAACGUCUAUAUAAUGAGGUCUCUUUUCAGAUAUUUUAUUAACUUGCUGUACAACAUCUAGCUCUCGGUAACAUCUAACUAGGCUUUGUUAAGUGAGAUAUCAUCAGAAUACCUACAUAGGAAAACAUGGAUUCGGCUAAGCAAGACAGUCAGACACCCUCCUUCACGUUUCCCGACGAUGGUGGUCGCCCAUAUGUCGAGGAAUAUGGAUAUAAUCCCAAAUUCCGACCAAACGACGACGUUUACGUUCAAGAUCCAGUGACUAAAGAAUGGAAAGGGCCAUUCACUGUAUCGUCUCUAGAGGGAGGACGGUACAAGCUUCAAGAUUCUAGAGGACGAGAAGUUAACAAUGGGCAACUUUUCGAAGAAGCAUGCCUAAAGCUAUACAACCUUUUCGAAUAAGUUUUGGCGCUAUGAAAACUCUGAAUAUGAUCGAGGCACUUGCAUGGUUUUAUGAGUAGAGUAUCUUUCAAAGAAGACGGUGUUUUUCAGAAUGUUUAUCGUAUCAGAAUGUUUAUCCUAGAACUACCAUGGUAGAUAAGAGUUCAUUUUACUAUUACUGGGCGAUUGCCAAUAACUAAUAAUGUCAAAG